AUGAAGCCCGCCCUGCUCCUCCGCCCCCUCCUUGCCGCCCUCUCCUCCGCCCUGCCGCCCGUCCCGCCCUCCUCCGCCACCGCACUCGCCCUUCGCUCCGGCUGCAACCAGUCCGCCUGCCCGGACGGCCGCUUCGGCCUCGACCUGUGGAGCGUGUGGGCGCACAACUUUGCCUGGCUCACCGAGCUCCGCUGGCGCGGGGAGUGCGGGUGCCACGCGUUCGCCGUCGACACGCUCGCCGGCUGCAAGACCUUUACCAUCUGCACGGGCACGCACUCGGUGUGCCUGGACUGGCGCGCGGGAAGGGGACACUGGAUCGACCCGCAGGGCAAGAAGACGUGCUAUAGUCUGAAGAAUGACUAUGUCUGCGGGACGAGGGGCUGGCAGGCGUGGCCGACGGAGGAGGUGGAGUGCACGUGGUGA